GCGAACUAGCCUCAUGGAUCCCUGUUAUUUGCGUUGCUUCCUCAACUUCGUCCAUUCCUCCGUUCCUUCCCUCAUCAUAGAAAGGACCACAGCUGACAGUUAGAGGCAACUCGCUGUCUGCAAAGAAAUCCCAAUAAAAUACAACUCGUUCCUUCAAUCGAUCAAUCUUUACAUCUCUCUUUGCCGAGCACAUCUUCUCCAGUACUAGUCUUCUCCGUCUGUGUCACCGGGACCUCACCGCCGACGACACCGCCAACCUCGUACUGCGAAGAAGCCGAGAACACUUCCAUUUGAAGUAGCUGGAUAGUCGGCUUCGCGGAGUGAGACUUCUGUCCACAAACUGGCAAGCAAGGCUCGUUCCCAUGAUCUGCCUGGUCGAGAUUGCUUUCCUCACCCAAAGUGUCUUCUGCUUGAUGGCUCAAUAACAUAUGCUUCCCACUGCCGUGCAAAUAUUCAGCCCGGUUGACGCCUAGACUAGACUCUAGACGUACAAAUACUAUCUACACAUUGUUGUAGAACUUACUCGACAAGAAGAUCUGGUCCACAGGGGUCCUCUAGAUAUCAAGACAAGCUUUGCGAUUCGCAGUCAUCGUCUUGGCUCGAACUUGGCUUUUGUGAGACAAGAGUCUUGGAACUCUUAGCAGUCUUGGAGGACCGAUUUCAAGAUGCCAGCCUUAGCCAUCACCAACUUCAACAUCGUGUUGAGCGUCCUAGGAGGAUGGAUCUCGCUCUUCGGGCUGGUCUCAUACCUCUGCAAGGAAAGCUACUACAUGUCCGAAGCCUUCAUCUCCUUAUUGGUAGGCGUUGCUUUCUCCCCUCGCGCCGCCAACUUCAUACGUCCUCUUGCCUACGCCGACUAUGACCCCCUCACAUUGCAGGCGAUUACCCUCGCUUUCUCCCGUCUUGUCCUAGGCGUACAGCUUGUCCUUGCCGGCGUUCAACUUCCUAGCAGAUACCUACAACAACAAUGGCGCCCACUCUCCAUGCUACUUGGCCCUAUCAUGUUCAUGAUGUGGAUCGCGACCAGCCUGCUCGUCUGGGCUCUCGUGCCCAGCUUUGGCCCCAACGGCAUCGGCUUCUUGAAGGCACUGGUUGUCGGCUCGUGCGUGACGCCCACGGAUCCGGUUCUCUCCAACGUCAUCGUCAAGGGCCGAUUCGCCGAUCACAAUGUUCCUAAGGAGCUGCAGCGGAUCAUCGUCGCCGAGUCGGGCGCCAACGACGGACUCGGCUACCCCUUCCUCUUCUUUGCGCUGUAUCUGAUCAAGUACAUGGGACACGACUACCCCGGCGACGGCGCGGGCUCCGGCAGGGCCAUGGCGCUGUGGUUCUACGAGACGUGGGUGUACACCAUCAUCCUGUCCAUCGUCUACGGUGCCGCGGUUGGCUGGAUCGCCAAGGAGCUGCUCCACUGGGCCGAGGAGCGCAAGUUCGUCGACCGAGAGAGCUUCCUCGUCUUUGCUAUCUCACUGGCGCUCUUCAUCACGGGAACGUGCGGCAUGAUUGGCAGCGACGACGUGCUCGCGUGCUUCAUCGCGGGUAACGUGUUCACCUGGGACGACUGGUUCCGGCUGGAGACUCUCGAUGACUCGCUGCAGCCGACCAUCGACAUGUUGCUCAACGUCACCAUCUUCAUGUGGUACGGCGCCGUGUGCCCCUGGGAGAUGUUUCUGCGCAACGGCGUGGGCAUGCAGAUCUACCGGCUCAUCGUGCUCGGGAUCCUGGUCCUCCUGCUGAGGCGCUUGCCGUGGGUGUUUAUCGCGCACAAGAUCCCUUGGGGCCGCAAGAUGAUCCCCCAGAUCGAGGGCGCCACGCAGGCCAUCUUUGUGGGCUUUUUCGGGCCCGUGGGCGUCUCGGCCAUCUUUUACCUAUACAUCACGCUCGAAUUCCUCAGAGGCAUGGACGGCCCCGACGGUAAGCCGCGCGAGGACGUCAAGGACUUGGCGGAGACGGUCACGGUGGUGGUUUGGUUCAUUGCCAUCUGUAGCAUCGUUGUUCACGGCCUGAGCAUCCCGGUGGGAAAACUCGGUUUCCAUCUCCCUCGCACACUUUCCAAAGGUCUUAAGAGCGGUGCGGCGUCGCCCUCGCGCUCGGUUUUCCCGGACUCCAGGCGUUCUAGCGGUGGACCUCUGCCAUCAUUUAACGUUGGCGGCAGGGUCAGCUCCUUCUUCACCGGCAGGACAUCGGGGUGGGCAAGACCUGCUGAGAGACAAUCCGAUGACGAGCACAAUACAGAGAGACAUGGUGAAACCGACUAUGGUCAGCAAGGUAUUCCGUUGACGCGUCCUGUCUACAGAAUCGGUGGAACCAUUAUUCGCAAUCCUCCUGCCUCUGAUACCGAUGCUGUUGAAUCCGAGCCGAAAGAUGUUGCGGCUGUGGGUGACGUUGAAGGGCCAUCUCAAUCUCAGUCUCGGCUUGAUACUACUCCUACCAACUCGAGCAAUAUGACUCUGGAUGACGGGAGACGGGGAAGAGGGGUUUCGGCCACACCUGCGGCUCGCGAGGCAGCGGGUUCCAAGUCACAUAGUCGAGCGCCAGGGCGGUCUAUUCGGUUCCCUGAUGAUAACAGCCAGGGUGUUGGCAGCGCGCCAACGCUUGUUGGUGAGAACACGGCCGGUGUCAAACAGUAGUAUGCUGGGUUAGUCGGAUCUUGGCGUUGAUGUGUGCCGGAAGACCCCGGUAUUCACCAGGUGAAGAGAAGACUAUUUGUUGAGAAAGAGGGGUUGAAGAGGAGAAUGGGUGGAGGCAGAUCCCGUACCAGGUUCAACCAGAAGCUUUGGGAUCUAGAGAAGAUUGUAGUUUUGUUUGGAGUAGGUGAAGAGGAAGCAGAUAGGACGGAGGGUAUCCUAGGUGGGGAGAAUCUGGAAGAUCAGCGAAGUUGAACGAGGGGCAAUAUCGUGUAGAUACAUAGAAAAGAGGUCCAAGUCUAGUAGACAAACGUAGAAACCAAUGUAGACUAGUUGCCAGACUAUCCUUCUGACGUUACCAACUCCUCUAUUUCGAAUAUUUUACUUCCUUACCGGGCAACCGCACCAUGUACUGUGUACUCUCUCCCCCAACAACCCACCUCGGUUCGGCCCCCGCGGCCGUCUUUGCACACCCCGCGGCCUCCGUCAACCGAUCGGCAUCCGCAUAGCAUUCCGCAGAGCACCCGACCCGCUCCACUUACCGGGCCGGUUCCGAUGGCCGGGCCAUCUUUGCUCAAUUCUUGCUUCGUAGACGGUCCGGGUUGUAUUUUACGUACAAUACAUAGCCGAACAUGUGGCUAGUCCUAGUGGCCAGUGUCGUGUGGUGUCAUUUUGCUUAGUGUAGUUAGCGUCCGGUGCUGCGGAGGAAACUACUGUAGCGGGUCAUUAGUAGGUUGGGAGGUUGUUGCCGCUCCCUAGAUUUUUCCCCUCUUUGGAGUCCGGAGCCGGGAAGUCACGAUGGUGUUGCAUCCUGAUUUUUAUUUGCAACUUUUCGGAAGCAGUGAGAGAUAUCGCGCCUUUCUGACUUUCUGGACCAGUUGUUCGUUGGUUCUC